CCAGCCAGGCGCAGAUGUAGCUGCAGCUCUGAGAGAAGGAGAGGCAGGGAGGGAGGCAGAGUUUGAACACACUGCAGAGGGAGUGCAGCUAUGGGGAACGUGCAGGAGAAACCCCCGGGCAGCGGAGGAGGGGUGGCCAGGCCGGAUCAGGCCACAGCGGGGAGCAGGACGAGGAGCCGGGGCGGAGGAGGCGGUGGAGGGGAAAAGCCCCAGAAUGACAGAGCUCCGGAGAAGGGGGCGGUCAAUGGCACUCAGAGAGAGAACAGCCCUGCCGGUGGACAGGAGGAGCAGAGCAGCCCUGCAGUGGACACUAGUUACCUGGACGCUCCUGCCGGGGCCCUGCCUCCUCACCUGGCCCGGCUCAAGAAUGAGGGGAACCACCUCUUCAAACAUGGGCAGUUUGGAGACGCCUUGGAGAAGUACAGUCAGGCCAUUGAUGGAUGUGCUGAAGCAGGCAUUGACAGUCCAGAAGACCUGUGUAUCCUCUACUCCAACAGAGCCGCCUGUUACCUAAAGGAUGGAAACAGCACAGACUGCAUACAGGACUGCACCAAGGCUUUGGAGCUGCAGCCCUACUCCUUGAAGCCCCUCUUACGCAGAGCUAUGGCCUAUGAGUCACUGGAGCGCUACAGAAAGGCCUACGUGGAUUAUAAGACUGUCCUGCAGAUCGACACCGGGGUGCAGGCGGCUCAUGACAGCGUCCACAGAAUCACCAGGAUGCUGAUUGAGCAGGACGGGCCUGAGUGGAGGGAGAAGCUUCCAGACAUUCCCGUCGUCCCUCUGUCCGUCCAGCAGCAACACAGAGAGAAACCCAUCAGCAUUGAGCAGGCUCAGGCCAGAGCGGCCAGGGCUGCACAGGAGGAAGCUAGAAGAAAAGAAGCCCGCUUUACUUUACUCAAACAGGAAGGCAACGGUCUGGUCAAGAAAGGAAACUUCCAGGAGGCUCUGGAGAAGUACAGUGAAUGUCUCACCCUGAAACCGGAUGAAUGUGCUCUUUACACAAACAGAGCCAUUUGUCUCCUGAAGCUGAAUCGCUUUGAAGAGGCCAAACAGGACUGUGACUCUGCACUGCAGCUGGAGCCGGCCAACAAGAAAGCCUUCUACAGACGAGCCCUGGCUUUUAAGGGUUUACAGGACUAUCUGUCAGCCAGCAGUGACCUACAGGAAGUCCUGCAGCUGGACCCCAACGUCCGGGAGGCCGAGCAGGAGCUGGAGGAGGUGACGGGUUUGCUGAGAAAGAGCCUGAUGGACUCUGCAAACAGGGUGUGAUGGCUCCUUGUGGUGCACAGGUGCGGACACAUAUCCUACUGUAGCAGUUCUGGACUUUUACAGCCAUCAGCUGCUGUGAGUAAGACGUAUAAAAACGGAUCUGACUGGCUCCUGGGACCGCUGACGACCAGCUUUUUCAGCUCCGCAAUGUGUGCAAAUCACACCGCUGAGUACACAACCUUACAUAAUGGGAAGCUUUAUUUAAAAAGGUACCUGUGACCUGCUUGCACUACAAAUCAUUCACAUUGUGAUGUAAUGUACUGUAAAUACAGUUUCACGUAACAGGCUGCAGGGCGUCUGUCAAGAGUAGAAUUGGGGAUAAGAGAAGUGUUUACUGUGUGCCUUACUGAGAUUUCUACCACAGUUAAGAGGAAAUAUGCCAACAUUAAAGGUCUUAUUUUGGUUUGUUUUAAAGAUGCUUGGUUCCAGAAAGAAUUCACAUAAACUGAUUUAACAUAAUUGCAUUGUGUGUGGCACAGAAAGAUUUUACAUUUUGUACAUUAUGGCUUAUAUCCGACAUUCUCAGCUAUUUCAGUCCAAGGUGUUUGGCAUUGUCCACAUGUAUUCUCGUUACAGCUGCUACUAAUUUAAAAAGACAAGAGAACGUGAAAAAUAAACCGCAGUCACAUCGUAUUAGUGAUGAUUCACUAGUUAAAGUUUCAUAUAAACUCAGAGCUUAAGUCUUUUGUUCAUUUUAAGAUUGUCACCUUCCUGAUUUUAGACAAACAUACUGAAGUUAUCAUGCACUGUAAGACUUACUGUAGCUCUCAGGUUCAACCUUGAAUGUAACCAAACAACUGUGUGUCUUUUUGUGUCAAUAGUUGUACAGUAUUUAAAUAGUAGCAAAUGGCGACAUCUCAAUGCCCUUCCAGCUGCGACAAGGAACCACAUAGAUUUUAAACCUUCUUUUUUGUUUGGUUUGUAGAAUUCUUCACAUCCUCUAAUUAAACAAAACUGAAACUGUCAUAUAACAAGAAAAUGAUUCCGUAUGUUGAUGAUAUCCUACUUUACAUCUCCAAAAAGACUACUGAUUGAGCUUGAAGCCUGAACGUUUAGCACACUUGAUGCCAUUUCCCAACUUGGAGAGAAUUAAGUCUCUUUGUUUAUUUCAUUUUAGUCUUUACAUUUGGCUGCAAAGGCAAAAAAAAAAUCCAAAAAGCAAGUCCAAGGUAGUAGUAGCAAACUGGCUAAAGCUACAUGCAGAACCUGAAAAAUAAACCCAAAUGUUGCAAGAUUCUUACAUCUGUGUGCAGACUGUGCUUGACUCUCAGCUACUUGCAUCACCGGUUUGUAUUAUUGCAUUCAAGAAGGUAUUUCUAACUGUUGGUCGACUUAAGUUUUGUGAAGUCGUUUACCUUGAACAGCAGCAGAGGCCCUUAUGCUUUUUAAAUAUCUCACAUCAUCCAUAAGCUUGAGACAGAAAAUGUAAAUCCUUGUAUAGCAUGAUGUGCCACAGCUUUUAUUUCACUUGAAUUUUGAAGCGUUAAAGUAUUAAUUCAGAUCUUCCAUUCUGGUAACCCCUCUGCCUCCCAUACUGUUUUUCUCUUUUCAUUGUUUUUUGUGUUGUAAAAAUAAAGGUACAAAACUUUCAUCUACAGGAAAACACUUGAUAUGAAGCUGAUAGUUCCGGACAAUGUUUGUACUGCUUCAUGGAAUGUAAAAGCAUGUACUGUAUGUAAAUAGACUGAAUGCAAAUGUAAAUAAUAAAUUGCAAUGUGAAUGCUUUA